AAUAAUUCUGGCAGAACCACCUUGCUGAAGCAGAGACCGACUGUGUUCCGUGAUCUUGAUAAUGACACGCCACGGGUUAUGCUCAAGAGAAUCAUCCGGACCCAACCACAGGUUUCACCUCUAGCGCCUCAGAUAUCUAAACAUGAAGAAACAGAAGCAGCUUGGUCAGAACUCCCAUAUAAAAGGGUUUCCAGCAUGGUGGAAAUGCAACUGCCAGACCUUGUUCCUGAGGACACAUCUAUUGCCACAUUCCAUAUGGCUAAGAGGAGAAAGAAACUCAGCAUUUCUGAAUUUGAGAGAGCAGCAGACAAACGACUUCCUCAGAACCAAGCUCUGUCAACGUUGGACAGCACUACUUUGGCUCGAUCUCUUCGCAUGUCUCUUGGUUCCUUGAUCCCACCAGACACUGUUGAAAAGAGAGGCUUGCUCCGGAGGCCAAAAAAUCGCAAAGCUAUUGACAUGGAAGCUUUUGAAGGCAGAGUGGAACAGAACAUGCUGAAGAGAAAAGCACAGAACUAUCCUGUGGACUCACAAACAGCAUCUGGGAUUCAAACAGCCACACUGACAAGUGAUGCAGAAAUCAUGCUGAGUAACACAGAGCUCUUCGUUCAGCCUCAGUUUGAUGAACAGAGCCAAAAUAAGCUUUCUGCUCUUGAACCACAGUUACCAGAUUCAAAAACUCCAGCACAGAAAAGCAAGGUUUCUGAUGCAGCUCAAGAGGAAGCAACGCUGGUGGGUCUGGUAUCCAGUAUGGGCACAAAUGAGGGAAGGAUCCAAAGGUUUUCUGAGGACUUAAUCCUUGAUUGUGAGCAUGUUGACAGAAUGACUCAUGUAUCUCCAAAAACACCUGCAAAACAGCGAGAAGAUGAGCAAGAUCAUUCUCAGCAGAGUAACCCAAUGGAGCAGCUUUCUGUUUCAGAAGAGGUGGUGGUUGGCAGUGAGUACUAUGGGUUAGGACUUGGGGCUUAG